AUGUGGGCCAGGACGAUCCUUCGGCUCUGUACUAGCAAGCAGCCAGGCGCAGCGGCACCUGCGGCCGCCGGCUCGUCGUGGAUGGCAGCAGCUGCGUGGGCCAGUUUAGGCAGUGAAUUCGCUGGUGUGAGUGAAGAUAAGUUUCUUCGGCCGAGUCCUGAUGGGUUUUUGACGCCGCGUGCCACGACGGACGUGGUUGUGUCGGAGCAACUGCUGCAGUCGAUGGUUGCGGAGAACGAGGAACGGUACAAGGGCAUUGAUGUGCGUGACCCCUCCUCGAUGGCGGUCUACGAGGGGGAGCGUCCGCGGUGGAUGACGCUGGGCAGUCAGGUUCGUGCGGUCUCCGAGUUCAUUUCUGGGCACUUGUGCCAUCACAUCUCACUCCCUGAGUGGAAGGCCCUGUUUGACCUGCAGUAUGCCGAGAUGGAUUUGACCUACUGGCUCUACGUGCUGCAUGUUCACAUGGUGAGCCGACGUGCCACCAGCAUCCCCAUUGAAAAGUUUAACCGCCGCCGCGAGGUGCUAGAGGAGAUCCUGCUCACCAUGUUUGAGAGCUGGGCCUCGACAUCGGAAGAUAUUAUGGGCCGCCCUCCGCUAAACAAAAUUCGUUUUUACAUCAAAGAUAUGUAUUACGUCACGGCGGUUAACUUUGAGGAGGCCCUCCUGCACGAUGGCGCAGGGGCAGACCUGAUGCUUUUAGGAUUUUUGAUGAAAUUUUGUCCGCUGCCGCGGCCGGAGGAUGUGCCACUCUACACGUACUACUCGCUGGUGCACUACGUCCGCUUUCACACGGCCCUGCUGGACCGCAUCCCUGACGAACUUAUCGCGAAGGGAAACUUCAACUUUCUAUCACCCACCGACUCCCGCAUCUUUGAGCAGUACGACGAGGUUGCGCUUGACCGCGUCAUCCGCUCGUGGACGGUGGACGUUGCGGACGCGGGCGAGUCCAACGAGGGGGGCGAAGCCAACUGA